AUGCCAUCUAAACGCAAGAGCAAAGCUUCAGCUCCUAGUCGUAAUAACCAGCCUCAAUCUUUGCCUGCUCAUAAAAGGAAAAAGCUUAGCGAUUUGAAAACGGAAGAGUUCCUUUCUUAUGGUCUCGACAGUGAUAUCGAAGAAGACAUUCAAGACGAUGUCGACCAUGAAGAAAAGAAAAGCGAUGCAAGUGCUUCCGGUAAAACAUCGAAACACAAGAUGCAGCUGCAACGUCUGCAAGAAAACGAUCCGGAAUUUUACAAUUAUCUGAAGGAUAACGAUCAAAAUUUACCCGAUCUACCUUCAUCAUCGAAGAAAUGGCCGCAAUUUAAAUCAUCUAUUAAAUCCUAUCUGUCUGAUCUCUUGCAGCUCCUUAAGCAUAUCUCUGAUCCCAAAAUAUUAUGUGGUAUUCUACGCAGCUUCAAAUCUAUCUUUCGUUAUUGCGGGUGUUUCCCCAAGUUAUGCAGGCAGUAUAUGAAGCAUUUGAUGCAUUUGUGGAGCUCAUCAACACAGGAAGAUGUACGUGUUUUAGCAUUCUUAUGCAUUCGAAAAUUGAUGGAUUUACUAACUUCGAAGGAAUUUAACGAAACCAUUAAAUUGAUGUAUACAGCGUAUAUUAGAAAUUGUAAAUUCACUACUCCAACUACACUACCAUUUAUUGCAUUUAUGCAAAGCUGUCUACUCGAAGUUUACAACAUUGAUAGUUCCGUUACAUAUCAGCAUGCAUUUAUCUACGUUCGCCAAAUGGCCAUCCACCUAAGAAAUGCGAUGACCUUAAAGAAGAAGGACGCUUUUCAAACUGUUUACAACUGGCAGUAUUUGCACUGCAUCCAUUUAUGGUGCAGAAUUCUUAGCGAUAUUUCAUGUAGAGAGGCAUUGAAGCCUCUCAUUUAUCCAUUAGUUCAGACGACAUUAGGAGUUAUUCGGUUGGUUCCAACACCGCGCUUCUAUCCGCUAAGGUUUCACUGCAUUAGAUCACUAAAUUAUUUAGCGCGCUCUGCGAAAACUUACAUACCAGUUUCCUCAUAUUUACUUGAGAUAUUGGACACGACUGAAUUAACAAAGAAGAGAAUGAAGGAAUCAUCUGGUAAACCUAUCGAUUUUGUAUAUGCAUUGAGCAUGCCGAAAUCAAAAUUGGCCACCAAACAAUUCUAUGAUGCUACAGUGGAAAAUAUCUUUGAGUUGCUGUUAGACCACUAUGCUGCUCAUUCCUACUCUGUCGCCUUUCCUGAAUUAGUUUAUUUAGCUAUCAGAACGCUGCGACAAUUCCUGAAAACGAGUAGCUUCUCCCAUUAUCGUAGAUUAAUGAAACAGCUUGUUGAUAAGAUUGAGGAAACGUCAAAAAUUAUUGACAGUAAACGCUCGAUUGUAACUUUCGGACCUAAAGAUGAUCAACAGAUUCAACGUUGGGAAAGUGCUUUAAUGUCUACUGUAAGUCCAAUAGAGAAGUAUUAUAAAACUUGGAUUACAGCGAAAGCAGAUCGAAUGAAACAAAAUCUGGAAAAUGCAAAGGAUGAAGUAAGUGAAAACCGAAGCAAAAAUUCGAGACCUAGUAAAAAUGCUAAGCGUAAGAAUAAUAAAAAGGCAAACCAAGGCCAAGUAGAUAAAAAAAUUGAAAAACGUGAAAAAGACGAAAAAGACAUGUCCGACGGUAGCGAAGCGUCUGUGGACGUAGAUGAUGAGGUAGUGGAUUUGGAAUUCUCUGAAGAUAGUAGUGACUAA